AUGAACCCCAAGACCGCCUCAGAUCUUCCCACUGGAUACACUCUUCGCACCGGCUACCCUUCGAUCCCACAAUAUCUUCACCUUCGGUCCGUGGCGGGGCUUUCUCCCAAGACACCGUCCCAGGCGGCUGCGAUUCCCUCAGGAAGCUGGUUCGGCUGCUAUAUCACCUUCGACGUGGAAAAUGAAGAAACACAACUGGUCGCCAUGGGUAGGAUCAUUGGAGACGGUGGCUGGUAUUUCCACAUCGCCGACAUGGCUGUCCAUCCUGACCACCAGAGGAAGGGCCUCGGAGAUUCGGUUUUGAAGGCCCUGCUACAGCAAAUCCACCAGGAGGCACCCCCAGACGGCAAGCCUUAUAUCUCCCUGAUGGCAGAUGAACCCGGGCGGAGAUUGUACUAUAAGAAUGGCUUCGUGGAGUCGGCGCCACAUUCAUUGGGCAUGGUUCUCAAAUCCUAA